UAUAUUAUGAUAAGUGAUAAGUGACUCAAAAAAGCGUAAACGGAGAUUCAGUAACAUUUCGUUGGCUUUUUUGUCCCAUCGAAUAAAUAAUUCAUGAAUGUGACAAUGCCUAUAAAAGAAUGAAAGCGCUCAACCAGAGAGCUGAAUAGUCGAGGUUAGACGACAUUUUUCACAUCAAGUGGUUUACAAUUUAUAACGUUUAGAGUUAAAGUGAAAGUAAUAAAUUAUAAAAAUGAGUUCGAAAUUCGUGUUUUUGGAAUCCAUGGACAUAUUGAGCACUAUACCUCAAUAUCACACAAUACUCGUGGCUUUCACAGUCCUGUGGAUAGCCUGGUUUUUUGCCAAGAGGAGGUAUCAAUCAGAAGACAAUACAGCCGACGAAUUUGAGCGAAGGUUGGAGCAGUGGACACCAGAGCCACUUGUACCAGAGGUCCAAAAGGACCAUCCUUUCUUGAAUCCGAAAAAAGUAACCUCCAGAAUUGGCAAAAGAAUAAACGUCAAUGGACACGACUGUUUGAACUUGGGCACUCAUAAUUAUUUGGGAUUGACAGAGAAUGCGGACAUUGAAAAAAAAGCUGUCGACUCCAUACAAAAGUAUGGAGUUGGUUCUUGUGGGCCAAGAGGCUUUUAUGGUACUGUGGAUGUGCAUUUAGAACUAGAGGAGCGUCUGGCACAGUUUAUGCAAAUGGAAGAAGCUAUUGUUUAUUCCUAUGGUUUUAGUACCAUUGCAUCAGCGAUACCUGCUUACUGCAAGCGAAACGACCUAGUUUUUGUCGACGAGCAGGUCAACUUUUCUAUACAAAAAGGACUUGAUGCAGCCAGAUCGAAUAUUAAAUAUUUUAAGCACAAUGAUGUAAAAGACCUUGAGAAUCUGUUAGAAACUUAUGUUGGUUCAACCAAAGUAAAAUCAAACAAAGUUGAAAGAAGAAGAAAGUUUUUGAUCGUAGAAGGUAUUUACAUGAAUACUGGUAUGGUUUGCCCAUUGCCUCAACUAGUUGCUCUGAGUAGAAAGUACAAACUGCGUAUUUUUGUUGACGAAUCUAUAUCGAUUGGAACUGUUGGAGCCACUGGACGAGGUGUCACUGAACAUUUCAAUGUUCCCAGACAUGAAAUUGACAUGAUCAUGGGAUCCUUGGAAUUGACAAUUGGUUCCAUUGGUGGGUUUUGCGUAGGUUCUUCUUUUGUCAUUGAACACCAAAGAUUGUCAGGGUUAGGCUACUGCUUUUCAGCUUCACUGCCACCCCUUUUGACCUCGGCAGCUAUUGCUUCAUUAGAAAUAAUGGAAAACAAACCAGAGUUGUUCAGUGCACUCAAAAACAACUGCAUGAAGUUCGAUGAAGGCAUCAAAAAUAUUAAUUUAUUUGAGUGCACAAGUGAUUCGGAAUCCCCUGUUAAGCAUUUAUACUUGAAGGAACAAAUGGACCACAAUAAGGAGCUAAAGUUGCUCCAAGAAAUAUCCAACAAGUGCAUUGAAAAUGGUCUAAUGGUUAUCACACCAGCUUACCUAGAUGCCGAGAAAAAACGUCCACGUCCCAGCUUGAGGGUGUGCAUUUCUGCUGCUUUGGACACUAACGACAUUAAUUUUGCUCUAACUACAUUGAAAAGUUGCGCUACACAGAUUUUGUCAUAUUCUGUUCAGUAGAUGAUGAUUUUUCAAUCACUUAAAUACAAGAACAAAGUUUUAUCAUUAUGUAGUAUGUAACAUGUAAAAAUAAUUAAAACCAUCUUUUAUGAAGUAACGUCUGUAUAUGACUUAUAGUUUUAAAUAAAAUUUGUUUAAAAUAAAAA